AUGAACUCAAUCUAUAAUCACGGGGUGAGACAAACGCAAAUGGUCACACGUGACUUGGCUGCGUUUGAAAAGAAUCUCAGCACGUCGCCCAUGUCUCUCCAAGGCACGAUAAUCACGUCUCUCACAGCGUUCAAAAAGACGAUCAAAGAGUACGGCGACUUGAUGAACCAGAAUAAUUUCACAGAGGAGAAGCACAAAAUCCGGCUCGAGAAAUUCCGGGCGGAUUUGGAGCAGUUCCAACUGAAAUUCGACUCUUUGAGGAAGCAACGAGAAGUACUGCUCCAAGCAGAAUCUCGCCAGGAGCUCAUGGGAAGGAGAACCGUCAAUUCUGAUAAUCCAUAUGGCCAGACAACAGACCCUCAAAGUGGCAUGGCCCAGCAGGCUCAAAUGGGCUAUUCUGAGGGCCUAUAUAAGGAGAAACAAUCGUUGGGCCGGGGUAGCCAGCAGCUCGACAUGAUUUUGGAGAUGGGCCAAAGCACUUUGGGUGACUUGGUGGACCAGAAUGAAACUUUGAAGCGAUUGGGGUCAAAAUUCGAGGAGAGCUUGAUGACGUUGGGGGUGAGCCAGGGCACGAUACGCAGAGUGGAGCGUCGGGCCAAGCAGGAUAAGUGGAUUUUCUGGUCAUUGGUUGUUUUGUUUUUUGUUCUUUGUUACUUCAUCAUGAAGUGGUUCCACUAA